AUAGUUAUAAUUUAAGGAUUUAUUUUACUUUUGAUAGUAGUCGAGGAAGGCUCCUACUACAAUAGUAAUAUAGUUAUAAUUUAAGGAUUUAUUUUACUUUUGAUAGUAGUCGAGGAAGGCUCCUACUACAAUAGUAAUAUAGUUAUAUUAAUAAGGAUUUAUUUCGCUUUUGAUAGAUUCAUACUAUAAGAGUAAGAUUAAUUUUAUUUUAAAAUGUCUGUAUUAAAACAUUUGGAAGAAAUAGCACAUUACAUCCAAGAAAAAUAUCCUACAUUGGAAUUUGAAAACAUAAGUGUUUCUACUGAAGCAAUAAGUGACAUUUGUAAUGUUAUAUUAAAUAAAGGUAAUUGUAAUAAUGCUAAAAAGAAUUUAGUUAAUGCAUUAAAAAGACCCAAUUCAUCUCUCAGAAAGUUAUUAGAUGGGAAGUCAGACAAUAAGUUACACUUUCUUAAAAUGCUCAAAGACAAUGGUUUUGCAAAAAAUAAUUUUUGUUCUUUUAAGACAGAGGUUGUAAAUUCAGUUUGUAAAUUAUUAAAAAUGAAGUGUAACCGUACAAAUCAACGCAACAUAUUUAAGCGUUGUCAAGAGAGUUUUCGAAAAAAUGAAAUUGCUGAUAGCCCUAAAGAAUUAUCUAAAAAAAAAAUUUGUAUGUUAGGUCAAACAACUGAACUAAAUGAGGGUGCGGUGGUGUGUGUAAAGAGAAAAUUGUUUACAGACGAUUCUCCAAAAAAAGUAAACAAUUAUACAUACAAUGACAUUGAAGACGAUUUGGACAUUGGUUUAAAUGAAAAUGUUCUUGAAAACAAUGAACUUGGUUGUAUUAAGUGUAACCCUGGCUUGCUUAGUAUUCCUAUUCAAAUUGAAGAUGAUUGCUGUAAUAGCAAUGAAGAAAUGAUUACCACCCCUAAGCGGAAAUCAGUUAUUGUCUUAGCUGAGAAGUUGUUUUCUUCUGGAAAGAGGUCUAAAUCAAUAGAAAUAAGUAAUACGCCAAAAGCAGAUUUACAUGAAUUACCUACUAAUAACUCAAAAAAUGUGUGGAAUACAGAUAGUUAUACACAAAAAGAAAAUGAUUAUGAAUCGGUAACAGUUGAUAAUAUGGACAUAGAUUUGAUUAAAGAAAAUGAAUUUGAAAUUGAUAGACAUAGUUUUGACACUACUUUACCAAUCGAGGAUAAUGGAUGUUAUGAAACAGAAGAAAUUAAUGUCACUAAGGAAAAUUUAACAACCCCUAAAUGUAAAAUCAAUAUUUCCUUUACUGGAGAUGGCUUGUAUACCUCAGAAAAGAUGUAUGACUCUACAAUUGUGUGUAACAAGCCAGAAGAAACUGGCCAUAAUAACAAUACAGUUUCUAUUAAAGCAAUUAAUGUCAAUGAGGAAAUGUUAACCACCCCUAAGCGUAGAUUAAAUGUUUCAUUUACUGGAGAUUUGUGUACUCCAGAAAAGAAAAUUAAAUCUAUAUCUGUAUGUAAUACACCAGAAGCAGAUCUGAAAGCGUUGCCAAAGGACUCAAAGAAUGUUUUUCCUUUAAAAGUAAGGUCAUUCAAUGACGGAAAUAAAAUAAAAAAGGUAAUGUGCUACAAAAAGUGUAAUUUUGUAGAAGGAACUAUUAGCUUACUUGAUGAAGAAUUUAAGCACAUAGUUGAUAACUCAAUGGAAAAAAAUAAUGUAAUUUCAAAUGAAAUAAACGAUUUGUUACGUGAAAAAUUUGAAAUAGUAAAUAACUCUUGUGUAUUGACUAUCAAGAAUAAAAAUAUUACCAAGAAAGGUUUAACAUGUUAUGGUAUAUGUCGACACGAAUCUUGUAAGCAGUUUAAACUUGUGGUGGAGAAAAAAUUAAAUGAUAGUUCAGCACAAAUAACAGUUCUGAGUAACAGUCACCAUUACAGCCAUUAUGGUAAACUGACUACAUUCCUGAAAGGAAAAAAUCGACAAAUACAAAAACAAAUGUCUAAGUAUUGCCCACCGAUGAGUUUACGUCAAAAAUAUAUUUUAAAAGCAUCUCCUAGUAAACUAAAGCGUGGUAACUUGUGUAACAUCAGGUCUGAUCGUGUAUACUAUAAGGUGUCUCACGAGCAAAAGAGUCAUAAUGAUCUAGCGGCUGAAGACAGGGUUGAUAUGUAUUUAUUGAAAGAUAAUUGUCCAGAAUUUAUUAAGCACGUAUCCGAUCCAAAAGAGAAAGAUUUUCAAAUUUAUUUAUUUAGUCAAGAUCAAGUAAACGUUUUAAGAAAAAUAAAAUGUAUUACGAUUCAUGUUGAUGCGACUGGCGGGGUGGUGAGAGAAACUACAAGAGAUCCAACGCUAUUCAAAACAGGAAAACAAAAAGAAAAAUUACUAUUGUAUUAUGCAGCUGUCACUGUGUGCAAUAAGAGAAUAAUUCCAAUAGCAGAAUAUCUGUCGACUACGCAGACUGCUAGUGCGAUAACAAAUUGGCUAGUGAAGUUUCGAGAAUUCUAUGAACAUCAGUGUAGUACAAAGUUUGUGGCACACGUUGUCAGUGACUUUUCAGCAGCAAUACUAAAAGGGUUUGUGAGAGCAUUUAACGAAUGUAACGAGGUCGUAGAAUAUUUGAAUAAAUGUUAUGAGUUCAUGUAUGAGGGGAAAAUGUUUAAUUGCAACGCACUAAUAAGUCUUUGUUGUUGUCAUUUAAUCAAAAAUAUCUCUGACGAUGCUCAUAAAUAUUAUAAAGGAAAUGGAAAGAAGAUGACCAAUGGUUCAUUGGCAUGCUUGGCAACUUCGUGUAUCUCUCCAGCUUUCAACAUAACCACCACGGAAUGUCUGGACAAAUGGUUCACUGCAGUUACAAACAGUGUUGUUGUCACCCAGCAAGACUGGAGAUGUGGAUGAUGCCAUGGAGACCUUGAAGCAGCUAAAUGAUGAAAAUCCAAGUAGUCUAGUUGAUGA